AUGCAGAAACUAGAGAACUCCGUUCCCUUUGGGCGCGAGAUGAAAGACGCCUAUUUCAACUUUGCUAAAAACUACACUCCGCUAAAUCAUGGCUCAUUCGGAACUUUCCCAAAAAGCGUCAGAGAUUAUCAACGCGACUUGCAGGAUCUCGCCGAGGCUCGGCCUGAUACGUUCCUUCGAUAUACCUAUCCUGAUCUGUUGGAGAAGUCUCGCUGUGCGGUUGCACCUCUCCUCAGUGUGUCUAUGGAUGAAGUCGUCUUUGUUCCAAAUGCAACAACAGGCGUAAAUACAGUCCUACGCAACCUCGUAUAUCAGAAGGGAGAUGUGAUCAUUCACUUCAGCACAAUAUAUGGAGCGUGUGAGAAGACGAUCGACUCCUUGUGCGAAACUGAGCAUAUCGAGAGGGUAUGUGUUCAUAUCGAUUAUCCGGAAGAGGAUGAAGAUAUCAUUUCUAAGUUUAUUAAUACGGUAGAGGAUUUGAAAAACGACGGAAAGACAGUCAAGCUCGCCAUGUUUGAUACGGUACUCACUUUCCCUGGAGCACGAUUUCCGUGGGAAGCAAUGGUGGAAACUUGCAAAACUCAGCAAAUUUUAAGUCUCAUAGAUGGUGCUCAUGGCGUUGGACAUGUCGAUUUGACGCAUCUUGGACGAGUUAGCCCGGAUUUCUUCACGAGCAACUGCUAUAAAUGGCUUUUUUGUCAAGGAGUUGACAAAAACUAAAUCUACCGUGCAUUGAUUUCCUAGCUUCUGUUCCGUAGUAAUGAUGACGCUUGCGAGUCCCAUUCUAAAAUAUAAAGUCGUCAG